GAGCUGAUGAACCAGGGCAUCCUGGCGUUGGUCACGUCGACAGGCUGCGCCUCGGCCAGCGCCCUGCAGUCCCUGACGGACGCCAUGCACAUCCCCCACCUGUACAUCCAGAAGAACAGCGACGGCUCUCCCAGGACCGCCUGCCAGUUCAACCCCAGCCCCGGUGGGCAGCGCUACACGCUGGCCGCCCGGCCGCCCGUACGCCUCAACAACGUCAUGCUGACGCUGGUGGAGGAGCUUCGCUGGCAGAAGUUCAUCGUGUUCUACGACAUCGAGUACGAUAUCCGCGGCCUGCAGGGCUUUCUCGAUCAGACAUCCCGUCAGGGUGUCGAUGUCGCGUUGCAGAGGGUGGACAGGAACAUUAGCAAAGUCUUCACCAACCUGUUCACCACCAUGAGGACUGAGGAGCUGAAUCGCUACCGGGACACGUUACGCAGAGCCAUCCUUCUGCUCAGCCCACAGGGGGCGCACACGUUCAUCCAGCAGGCAGUGGAAACAAAUUUGGCCUCCAAGGACAGUCACUGGGUGUUUGUGAACGAGGAAAUCAGUGACACAGAGAUUCUGGAGCUGACCCACAGUGCACUGGGCCGGAUGACUGUGAUCCGACAGAUUUUCCCGCUGUGGAAGGACAGCAGCACCCGGUGCAUGAGGCAGAACCACCGGAUCUCCUCGCUGCUGUGCGACCCGCAGGAAGGAUACCUGCAGAACCUGGAGGUGUCCAACCUCUACCUGUACGACAGCGUGCUGAUGCUGGCCAACGCUUUCUACAGGAAGCUGGAGGACAGGAAGUGGCACAGCAUGGCAAGCCUAAACUGCAUCAGAAAGUCCACCAAGCCAUGGAACGGAGGCUGGUCAAUGCUGGAGACCAUUCAGAAGGGGAACAUCACAGGUCUGACAGGAACAAUGGACUUUAAGGACAGCGGCUCAAACUCCCACGUCCAGUUUGAGAUCCUCGGCUCCAGCUUCAGCGAGACCUUUGGCAAGGACAUCAAAAGACUGGCGACAUGGGACUCGGUGCACGGACUUAACGGCAGUCUGAAGGAGAGUCGGAUAGAGAACGGGAUGCAGGGGCUGACAAUUAAAGUGGCCACUCUGCUGGAGGACCCUUUUGUCAUGGUGGCAGAGAACAUCCUCGGGCAGCCCAAGAGAUAUAAAGGAUUCUCCAUUGACGUCCUAGACGCCCUCGCUAAGAUCCUGGGCUUUAAAUAUGAGAUCUACCAGGUUGCAGACAGCAAGUAUGGCUCGCAGCUUCCCAAUGGCUCAUGGAAUGGGAUGAUUGGGGAUCUCAUUAAUAAGAGAGCCGACCUCGCUGUGUCAGCCAUCACCAUCACACCGGAGCGGGAAAAUGUGGUUGACUUCAGCAAACGUUACCUUGACUACAGCGUCGGUAUCCUUCUGCGAAAACCAGAAGAGAAGAUCAAUAUCUUCUCCCUGUUUGCCCCAUUCGACCUGGCAGUAUGGGCCUGCAUUGCUGCUGCUAUCCCGGUGGUGGGAGUGCUCAUCUUCCUGCUCAACAGGUUGCAGGCCCUGCGCUCUUCCUCCCAGAGUGCACCACCAGGUCAUCUAUCCAAUGGAGUUGGGUCGGGCACUCUCCACAGCGCCAUCUGGAUUGUUUAUGGGGCAUUUGUUCAGCAAGGAGGUGACGGUGUGGUCGGCUCAGUGGCGCUGAGGAUAGUCAUGGGCAGCUGGUGGCUCUUCACACUCAUCGUGUGUUCAUCGUACACCGCCAACUUGGCAGCGUACCUCACAGUGUCACGCAUGGACCAUGCCAUACGAUCAUUCCAGGACUUGGCGAGGCAGAUCGACGUGGACUACGGCACGGUGAGAGACUCCGCUGUCUAUGACUACUUCAGGAAUAAAGGAACCAACCCUCUGGAGCAGGACAACACGUACGCAGAGCUGUGGAGAACCAUCAGCAAGAACGACGGCAUGGACUACUCUGUGUCCAGCCCGUCAGAAGGCAUUCGCAAGGCAAAGAAGAGUCCCUACGCCUUCCUGUGGGACAUGGCGGUGCUGGAGUAUGCGGCGCUGACAGAUGAUGACUGCACCGUCACCGUUUCAGGAAACAGCAUGAGCAGCAAAGGCUACGGCAUCGCCAUGCAGCAUGGCAGCCCCUACAGAGACCUCUUUUCUCAGAAGAUCUUGGAGCUACAGGAGAAAGGCGACCUGGACAUCAUGAAGCAGAAGUGGUGGCCUCGUACCGGCCGCUGCGACCUGAGCAGCCACGCCAGCGCCCAUCCCGAUGGCCGCUCCCUUAAGCUGCACAGCUUCGCUGGUAUCUUCUGCAUCCUGGCCGCCGGCCUCCUGCUGGCUUGCCUGGUGGCUGGCUUGGAAGCGUGGUGGAACAGCAACCGCUGCCGGCAGGAACAGCCCAAAGAGGUCACUAAGGAUUACAGACUGGCAAGGGUUUCUGGUCCAUUGACAUAUAAUGACAUUACAACUGCUUCAUCGGAGGGGAGGAGGGACAUUUGGACAGACAGAGAGAGAGGCUGGGAUGAAGCAGAAGCAAUUGAUACAGGACAAGGAGGUGAAUCUGGAACAGGUGCAUCGUCGUAUGAACAGUCUUUUGGACGAGGACUUGGCCCACAAGCAGAUCCCAGGUCCCUCUAUCGAGAUCUCUGCGCUGGACAUCGGCAGCAUGCAGCCCAGCCAGGCCUCUCUGGGGCCGGGCCCGGAGUCUGUGCGGGACUACCCGCCCUCGGCUCUCACUGUGACCACCUACCUGCCCGGGGAGGGACCCCCACCUCCCCCUCUUCCCCAUCCUCACCAUGGGGGGACCCUAGGCAGGACACUGCCCCCGUCCCAGGGCCCUGGCAGCACCACGUUGCCCCCGCACCACCCUCUCAGCAGCACCAGCCUCAGCGGCACCAUGCAGUGCAAACACCGGGCCCCCAACGGGGGGCUCUUCCGGCAGAGCCCUGGCAAGACACCCAUGCCACUGUCCUACCAGGCAGUCUCCGCAGGACCCAUACCCGAAGCCAUUGAUCCCAGCCACAGUACAUCCAUAUAGAGACAGGAUGGGAAGGGGGGGAGGGGGGGGGUCUCGGACAGGGUUGGGGUGGUCGGUCUGGACGUUGUCCAGGUCGGCAUGUGAGGUGGGUUGGGCAGCUUUAGAAGGGAAAAACACAAAUGUAUAAAUUAAAAACAUUUUGUAUCCUACCAUCAGUACAGAACAGAUGUUUAAAAGAAAACAAACUGGGUGGGGGGGAGGGGGCGAGGGUUGCAGGCGGGCUGCAAUGUUUCUGUACAUAUCUGUAAAUAUCAAGACAACGAGUGAGGUCAAAGUGUAUUUUGAAUAUUCUCAAUUUUUGAAGUUGAGUUAUAAAAAAAAAAAAAAAAGAUAAAAAAUCUAUAUCUAUACAUUGAUGAAACGUUCUGACUGUUUGAAUGGCUUUGUAAAUUUUGUUCAAUUAAAACAAUGACGCGGAUUUCAUUGUGAUUGUUUUCUAAGUGCCGAAAUUAAACGAUGUCUCUCUACAACUCAUCAGUGUAAACGACCACCCAUGAUGCACUGCUUUGGGGACAUUGUAGUGUUGGACACCUACUGUUAUGCACCUCUGUACCAAACCUACGUAUAUCUAUCAUACCUUCAGAAGCAUCUGAUGGAAAUAAUUCUUGUUUUUCCCCCCCCAUUUGUAUUAUUAGAAAAUAGACUUGCUUUUUUUUUCCAAAGCUGUCGUCUGCAUCUGUUCUUUUUCGUUAGACCCAAUGUAAACGGUGUUUGUAUGAGGAAAAAUAUGUUUUUGUUUCACACAAAGCUGAAUGCAUACUUUAUAUGAACAUUUUCUAUUUGCCGUCAUUUUUAAAGACUUGAAUGAAAGGAAAAUCAGAGCAGGCAAGAGAGGACUUUGGGCUGUGAUCACACCGACAUUGCUCGUAAUUCAAGACGGAAACUGCUACUUCAUCGCAGACAUGGUUCAUUUUAUGUUGUUAUUCAGGGAAUCUGAAUUAGCAGAGAAAGGCAACAAAGUUGAGCUUUCAUAGCAUGAUCAAGGAAAUCAAUUAGUCAAAGGGAGCAUUUUAUUUUUUAAUUGCAGCUUAGAUAUGUUUAGAGAUUCACUGAUCAGUCUUUUCCCGGCUGAUAACAGAUUUUGGGUUGUCUUAGAGGCCAGUACUGAUUUUGACUUAUUCCAGUUUAAUUUAUUUUCUCUCAAGACCGACAUAUAAAGGGGAAGAAGAAAAUGCACUGCAGGUUCUUUGAUAGAGAUAUUAGAAAGAAAGUUAAAUGAAUCCAUAAAUCACGUCCCAAACUUGUAUCCUAUUUUUUAACUCAAAAUAUGCAUAAAAGAAUAUCCUGUUGGUUAUAUACCAAAACUGGUGGGGGUUCUUAGUUUUGAUGAAAUUAAUUAAUAAAACGGGAAUAAAAAUUAUUUUUCAGCAUCUGACCAAGUAAUACAUGAUCAGAGGCGAUUGUGGGGAAAUUGAUUUGUGCUUCUCUACAUAAUUUACAAGGGUAUGCUGCCAAAGGAUAAAGACAACAUACUGAUUUACCCCAACUCAUAGACAGUUUUGCCAUUUGCCAUUUUUUUUGUAACCCUGCUAAAAAGCAAUCAAAGUUAAGCAUCAGCUGUUAGCAUCUCCAAGUCAGCAACUGGGUUCGUUAAAAUGUUAUUUCCUCACAAGAGCUGCUGCUUUAAACCCUUCGUACCACAAUCCUGUCUGUGAAGGCCAGAGUUGCCAUUCGGUUUCUUCUCAUGGUCAUAGGAGAGUUUUAAUAGUGCCAACAUCUGACUGUUAGCUGCAUCCGGUUAUAAAAAGAGUACAAUGUUGUGAGUACGAGUGAUGAUUCCCUCAAUAUGCAUGAGAUGGUAUCAGAUUUUGACCUUAUGGCAACCUUGAGCAGAAAUAUACCUGUUCCAUGGUAUGACAGGCUUUGCACACGCAUAAAAUCAGCAUAUAAAUCAACAGCUGAAAUAGAACAACUGGAUCAAUUUGACUUUUGUCCCAUUUCAGUUCCAAGGAGCCGGAGUCUUGCGUGUUUUUGGACAGUUCCCUAAUUUAACACCCCUACAUCAAAUGAAUAGUUUAUUAGCUGGCCUUUCCCGAGCUAGAUGACAUGCUGGGAAAAGUAAUUCAGCAAUUUGGGUUGGAGCAGUCCAAUCUUGAAUCUGCUAAGCAUCUGUCAUUGAGGACUGGUAUUGGACAUCCCUGACCUAGAUACUUUUAUUUAAAACCAAACAGGGACAUGUAUUCCUCAUACAAAAAUAUGGAAUAUGUUUACAAAACUGUUGAAACAUUUAUUCAGAUUUUGAUACAUAGACUUAAGGAAAAGUAUAGAAUUGAAAAAAAUAAGGCAACAAUAUUAUACUCCUACUUUGUAGGAAAGCAUUAAAUAUUAUGUAGUAAUCUGCUCUGGCAGAACCAGCAGUCAGCUGCUUAACAGGGAGGCUGCUGGAAGCUUCCCCAAACUUUCGUGCUUUAGUAAGCAGGAUAGGCUCCUUUAGUUUCAACAUCAAACUGUUCUUCAUUGUAGAACACUUUGAUUCAAUUUGAUGCUACUCUUGGGUAUGCGUUGACCAGCAGUGAGCAGCAACAAGAGGGAGAAAGGCAGAGCUGGGUUCUGCUCCAUACAGACGGACAUAAUUCGGGUGUUUACGACCCCAUCACUAACUCGAGUGAAGAACUUUAAACGGUAGGAACAGUGUGACUGAAGUUUUUUUCUUUUUGAACCAUAGCUUUUUAAACAUUGGUAUUCGUUGCCAGACAACACCUAGUACAAAUGAUGCCUAAAGAGUUUCAAAAUCAAUCAUUUUAUUUUGAGUCAUCUUUUUUUCUGCUAAGUGAGGUCUUAAGACAAUUUUUGAGUUGUUCUUAGAACAUUGGUUUUCUUUUGGCAGUUUGUGAAACUAAUGAUUUACAGCUACAAAUUCUUCCACAUUUAUCCUUCAUUGAAAAAAAAAAAUCUAAAUAAAACACCAAACGGCAUAUUGUCUCACGGCACUUUAUGAAAUUGCCAGCGUUCAUUUCCAACCUGUAACUCCAGCCUUUUAAGAAUUGGGACACUUAUGAAUAACCCAUAAAAUGCCAAUUUCAGAUAACUGGAAAGUAGUUAGAUUUUUUUUUCCCCGAUCAAAUUUAGAUGCAAAACAGUUUCAACCCUUGUUUUUCCAUCACCUUCUCACUCCAAUAUGGCAAAGUUUAGCUUAUCUUAGAUCUUUAUCCAAAUGUGAAGCUUCAGUUUGGUUCAAACAAAUGGAACAGACAGCAAUGGUCAGUGUGAAUCCAGCCUAAGAAGUCUCUCACCUUUUGCUUAGUCUAUUUAAACAGAAUAUUAAAACAACAUGUUGUUUUUCCACAGGAGAAGUUAUUGUCACUUGUAUUGAGGUUUUUCUAUUGCAAAGCAGUGCAGUAGUUAUUCUUAUCAGGAGGGAGAGAACAAUGACAGAGGCCUCAUAUUCCCACUAGUCAUCCCUAAUGGGGUCCAUUAUCACCUGAGGGGAUGACGGAGGGCAUCAUUAUCCAAAGUGCAAUCACAGGCUCACGAUAGAAGCGAUUCAGCAGGUGCCAUACCCCAGCUGCUUGUGAAACAGAGGAAAUUUUACCAUGUUUGCUGAAUGUUUUCUUUUUUUUUUUCUCCUUUGAAUAUUAUAACGAGCCUCGAAAGAAAACUGUUUAAGAGGAAACAUAAAGCCCACACUUCACCCUGGCUUUUUUUUCUCCCCCCUUUUUUGCUGUCAUAAGUGCGAUUAAUGUGCAUUUAUGGGCCUAAUGAGUUUUGACUUCAUUUUCAUUUGCCAGAAUGGGCUGUUUGGACGCCUGCUGAUCACUCACAGCAGAGUUUUCAGGACAUUAGCAGCCAGAAAGCAGCAAGAAGCAGACCAACUCGCCUUUGACGGGUUUCCAUUCCUCACACCCUAAUGUGGAGAGAAGAAAUAAGGAGACUUUAACUCGCAGGAACGGAGGGCCUCAUUUCUGAAGAUGGGACAUCAGGUUUGAUCUUACUGCUACAGGAAAUAGUUUUAUACCACAUGACUAAAAGCAAGACGUUGUCUGUUCUGUUAAUGAUCGUGAUGUUAUUUAAACUGCUUCUUUCUUUCAAUGUUGUGUCCAAUUCUCCAUUUUGACGUGGUUAGGAUAUUCAGACGGAUUGCUGUUUGUAUCUAAGCUAUUAGCUUUUUUAGGAAACUAACUGAACUCUUUUGGACUCCCAUAAACACAUCUAUUUACUCUUCUUGCUCGAAUGUCCUUAAUCAACGCAGAAAAGUAUUCAAGCCAACAUGAAGAAAAAGUCUCAAGACAGUCCUUAAUCGGGUCAAAGGAUGACAAUCAUGUGUGAAAUGUGGUCAUUUCCACUCCGUUGUUCUCAUGGUUAAAUUGUGAAGUUAUCAGUUAGCUUGAAGAUAACCAAAUCGGAGCAAGUUAACGACUUAGGAAAAGAUGAUUAAAAGUAAAUUUGGGGAAAAAAAGUUUCAGGAAUUUGUUUUAAAAAAUAAUUUUUUUGAACCAAAUCAAAGUUUGAUGGUGUAAAGGUAAUGCUGAGAACAACUCAGGCUUUUCUGAAAGACUCAAAAAAAUACUUUUGAUUUGUUCAUAUCUAUGGGAUGUCUAAAUUUAAGAUGAAUGCCUCCUCAGGUAACCAGCACAUAACAUUGAAAAACUGUCAACACUUCCUCUUUUCAGAAGAUUCAGGAGUCAAAUUAGCACCCACACUCUGAUUUAAGGGUUGAUAUAUAUGUCUGUGUAGGCGAGUCACCUUAGACGAUGAUAAAAGAUUAGUUUAUUCUCCUUCUAUUCAGAUAAAGAUAGGAGGAAAGUUAUUUAUCACUUAAAUAUCCAUUCAGUUUUUGUAUACUUGAUGUUGCUGAAAAUUCAUUUAUUCACACAGGGAAAACAGCAGAUCUCUCUUCGCCGUUAUUCUUUUAAACAAGCCUUUUGUCCUUGUUGUUUUUCUUUCACUCAUACACUUACUGGCCACUUCCUUCAUGCGAUUUGAGUUUAGCCCAACCUUGGACAGAGGUCAUUUUACAAAAAUAUGGGCUACACACAGAGACAUCAUAAAGAGACCCUACCAGACCAUUGUGGCAGCUUUACGCCACGCAGGCAAACAGUAAAGCAGACUGGGAUGUAUGAUUUAGGUGCAAGUUAAUUAUUUGCACUGGAAUAACUGAUUGUCAGUGUGGCCACAAUUACAAAUAUCAAAUUUCAUCAAUCUCCCAAGAAAAAGAUUACUCCUUAUUGGAAAACAUUAGUUGCCAAUUUUAUGCCCAAGGACAGGGUGCACAAUGCACCCUGAUAAGAAACGAGAGCUCCUUCUCGGAUACUACAAGCCUCCUGUAGUAAGUGAGCUGUUGAAGUUUAUAAAAGGACAAUUAAAAAAUCCACACAAAGAAAGUGUGGCAUGUUUGUAAAGAUUUAAGGAGAAAGCCCUUUCUGGAUCAGUUUGCUUGGAACAGAUUUCACUAAAGUAGCAAAGUUUUGUCAUAGCAACACUGUGGUGGGGAGCAUCUGAAGCGUCUCCUGCAGCCAAAGGGUUUGGACAUUUCACAGUUGCUGACUGAACCAUGAACUCCUCUGUAUACCAAAUGAUUCUAGAGUCAAAUGUGAAGCCAUCUGUUUGACAGAUGAAACCAAUGAAUAACCCCCCCCCCCCCCCAAAAAAAAAAAA